GGAAGGUAUUGCUCGGUAUCUGAAUAUGAAUGUAAAUCUAAAGUACUAAUACAUUACCAAGUGGUUUUUCUGUGUUUUAGGAGCUUAAAAUUAUGUGGAGGUGGAACCAACUAAAAAAAAAAAAAAAAAAAAAAAGAAGAAGAAAAAUCCUUGACAAACCUGAAAAGCUAGUGUGGGUCGACGAGUUCCAUGCAGAAACUCCCAUGGCUGAGAUCACCAGGACAACCCCAAAUAAACACAGCCGAAGAUCCAAAUAGAGAGACUCACUGAAUUGGAACGGCAACCCUCUGGUAGGACAGUCUUUGGGGUAGAAUUUCUGUUACAGCUGGUUUUCAAAAUGUUCUAAUCAAAGUUUAAAAUCUAGCUAAACCUGAUGCAGCAUGCAUGUGGAGUGAUCACAUGUUCAACCCAUGCAGACAGCUUUAAUAUGUUCAGGAAGGAAACUGUAUUUAUUUCUUGGUUUGAUAACAUGAUUGAUUCUACUAAAUAACUUUUUUUCCCAGUGUAUUCAAGCAUCUAACUAUUGUGUAAGAGGGAGGCACUGAAUAAUGCCUCCAGGUUCUAAAAAGUCAAGGUCUAAAAGUGCCAGACCUGCCAUCAAAAGCAAAAAGAAGCAAUCUUCUAAGAAAAGGUCCAUAAGUGCCAAAUCUACAAAGACAGAGGUGGAUAUUCUGAGUCCUGCUGCAAUGGAGAACGUCUACUACAUCUCUCAUAAUGCAGUGGACUGCUUGGAGUUUAGAGGCUUUGGCUGGCCUGGAGCCACCAAGAAGAAAGGAAAAAAAGGGAAAAAACGAAAAAGCAAAACAUGAAUGUAGAUUUGUGCCAAUCAAGCUUUUUUAUGUGCAUAUUAGUUUUGCAUAUACAUUUGCUUCUUAAAACUAUAGAUAUAACAAAUUAAACAAAAAAAGUCACAGUGGGAUUAGACAAUAAAACAUUUUCAGUUCUUUAAACUAUCAAAAGGAAGUUUAGUUUUAUCAUGCAAAUUAAUUAUGUGGAGCUGUUUGGGUUUUCUUUGAUCUUUAAGGUUGUUAAAAAACAAAAGUGCCACUAAUAAAUGGAUGAACAUUUUGUAUAAAGUGUCAAAGAUUCAGUUAUAAUGUCUGUUCUUAGAAAAACUUUCAAAGUCUUUUUCAAAGCCAUGCAAUAAUCCACUUUUAGUGAUCAAGUGCAAUCUAAAUGGCUUCAUUUCAUGAUACCAUUAUUGCAACGGUAUUUUUGGUACUUUGCUACACUAAAAUGAAACUCUCAGUUUAAGGUUUUAUGUUGUGAAUUUUACUGGCAAUAAAGUUUUACAAACUAAACUUGUUAGGGGUACAUCUUGAUAUUUGGAAAAAUACAAUUAUGAACAAUAAAAUUGGGAUGAAAAGCGGCAAAGGACAAUGUGGUGCAUCAUUCAUCUUCAUUCAGUCAGAGAGUGGUUAUCAACUACUUUAUUUGUAAUUUCAAAGUUUUACACUCUCUCCAUACACCGAUGUUGGAACAGAGAAAAUAAACAAAAAUAAUAAUAUAAGCCAUUUCUUAAAAUGUUAAAAAAUAAAAUAAAAUUUAAAAAAAAAA